AUGAAAGAGGAUUCUGAUGUAGGUUUGGUCCAAUGGGUCGUUUGGAAUCUUUAUGGGAGAGGAGAUCUUCUUUUGGCCGUGGAUAGGAAGAUGAAAAAUGAUCUUGACGAAAAACAAGUAGAGUGCUUGAUGAUUGUUGAACUUUGGUGUGUUCACCCUGAUCAAAGUCUCAGGCCCUGUAUUAGGCAAGCAAUUCAUGUGCUUAAUUUUGAUGCAACAACACCAAAUCUUCCAACACGUAUGCCUGCUCCCAUUUAUCCUGUACCUAUAGCAGCAGUUAGUUCCAGACUGAAUAUUGAUCAGAUUCAUAUGGAGCAGGAGCCAACAAGCGAUUCAUCCUCUUCUUCCUCAGAUGCAACUAAUGAACCAAAUCAACCAAAUUAUUAUCAAAAUCUUACUCAAUCUAAAACAUCGUUGCUUGGAAGGUCUCAAGAUAUUCAACCCCAAGGAUUAUUGAUUGAUCAGGCUGCUGGAUCAAGUGGCCUUUAUCAAAGUGGAGGCACUUGGAAUCAAAUUCAAUUCCCAACCAUACCAAUUCAGCAAGGAAUGGAGGCUUGCAGCAUCAGAUCAGCACUUCCUCUUCAUGAUCAGGAAAAGGGCCUGUCAACCAAUUACAGUAGGAUGAAAAUGGCAUGGGAAAAGGACAUUCCGGCAAGGUCAAAUCUUCAGCUAACCAGUAGGAUUUUACAAGGUCAAGGCACUCCUAGUGCCUCAACCUCAAGACCCAGGUCGAUUAAGAACGGAGUUUAUGAUGCAAUUUAUGAAGUAAUUGGUUUGCCAGUGGACCCCCAUUUACGCAUGUUUGUUGCAAGAGGUGAUAGUGCAGGCAUGCAGUGAACAACUUUGAGAAUCAGAUUGAUCAAGGAGCUUCCAAUCUUAA